GGCAGCGGAUGCUAAGCCCCUCCCACUUCCUGCAGACUGGGCUCCACAUUGUCCAGGUGGUUGUCAGCUACUUCCUGAUGCUUGUUUUUAUGACCUACAACGGGUACCUGUGCAUCGCUGUGGCCCUUGGCGCCGGUAUGGGCUACUUCCUGUUCAGCUGGCGAAAGGCAGUAGUGGUUGACAUCACAGAGCACUGCCAUUAGCUAACACUGAAGCUAGCAUCAAUAUUAGCCCUUUUAGCAGCUUGCUAACAAAUGUAUCACCAUGGAAUAACUCUGGAAGAAUGCAACAUCCGAUUUUGUCGUUCUUUGCUGUAAAUUUAAAUUCCUGUAGUUGGGCAAGCCAGCCAAUCAACUCUUAGAUCACUCAGGACCUUCAGAUUUAUUUUGUUUGUUUUAGUGCCAUGGCAGCCUUAGCACACUUUAGUUAGCACUAGAAGCAACAUCAAUCAGAAAACAGGCUUUAAUCAAUGCUUUGAUCCUCAAAAAGUGAUUGAUUAGAAAAUUAAGUUUACAUAUAAAUAAAACAGGAGACCAUCUAACACACAAUUUAUUUCCUGUUUAUGUUUUUUAUAAUCUUGUUUUAAAUUGAAAUCACACAUUUGCAAAAAUAAAAAGUUUUUAUUUUUACUUUAAUAAUUUUUAAAUGUUUUUGAGGUUUAGUAAGACUUUCAGAGCGCACACAUCUGAUGGGCGAAAAAUAGGUCGUUUUUAUUGCCACCGUCAGUCUUAAAGCCAUUGCCUGAUGACUUCCUGUGUCUGCCUGCCUCACUUCCUGUGUCUGCCUGCCUCACUUCCUGUGUCUGCCUGCCUCACUUCCUGUGUCUGCCUGCCUCACUUCCUGUGUCUGACUGCCUCACUUCUUGUGACUGACUGGCCCUGUCAUUCCCCGAUCUGUUACAGAAGCCGAUCCCUAGUGUCAGUUCAUUUGUGCA